CGUCCUUGUUCGCGUCAAACUCUAGUUGACUUGUUGACUCUUUGCCUGUUUGUGUCAAGAACAGCAACACCGAAGCCGAAAAAAUCCAACCAAGCGGCGGCAGUCUGGAAACUCACUCAAUCAGAGCAGAUCCCAGCGAUGCUCGUCCGACCCGAGCUCGCCAUGACAACAUGACGCCUGCUUCCAUUUCUCCAGGAGACCGCGGCUCAGGGCUUCAUCUUGACCCAUUUCGGCAUCUCCUGCGUCGGCUCGGCCAUGCAGGCGAAGGCGAGUGACUGAGAACACUACGGUCACUUGGAGGUUGAAAUAAAUGAAUCAACUGUGAGUGUGGAAGGCAGGCUAAAUUGACCUUGAGCGACCCUGAGCAUCAUCUACAUCAUUGGAUCCCAACGCUGACACCUGGCACCUUGAAUUUGUACCUGCGAUGCGCCCUCAAGCCCUGCCUAGCGUCCAUAAAUGAUUCACAGAUGACUCUGCCGUUUGGAUGCAAACAGCAAAAAAAAGGACAAGCAGAAAAUAUCAUCCAAGCGCCAGGGCUGGAACACACCCUCAAGAGGCGCAAGAGGUCCAAGAGGAGAUAUGUGUGGAUUAACUUGAGCAACUGCAAGUAUGAAAGCGUGCGCCGCGCCGCUCGUCGCUACGGCCUCAAAGUGACGGAGGGAGACGAUUGGACGCUGAUGUGGUCCGACUGCUCCGUAUCUCUAGAGAGGGUGAAAGCCAUGAAGCAAUACCAGAAAAUCAAUCAUUUCCCUGGAAUGAUCGAAAUCUGCCGCAAAGACACUCUGGCCAGGAACUUGAACCGCAUGUUGAAGCUCUUCCCGAAAGAUUACAACAUCUUUCCAAGGACGUGGUGUCUUCCCGCAGACUACUACGACUUCCAGGCCUACACGCGUGUCAAACGGCACGCCACUUUCAUCUGCAAGCCAGAUUCCGGCUGUCAGGGACGCGGCAUCUUCAUCACAAGAUCCAGGAGUGAUAUUCGGCCUGGAGAACACAUGAUCUGUCAGCUCUACAUCACCAGGCCUUUAAUCUUGGACGGCUACAAGUUCGACUUGCGUAUCUACGUGCUGGUGACGUCAUGUGACCCGCUCAGGAUCUUCCUGUUCAAGGAAGGACUGGCCCGCUUCUGCACCGCCAAGUACAUGGAACCAGCACUUAGCAAUAUGGACGAAGUGUGCAUGCACCUGACCAACUACGCCAUCAACAAGCACAACGACAACUUCAUCCGUGACGACCACACCGGCAGCAAACGGAAGCUGUCGACUCUCAUCCAGCAGUUGGAGGAUGCCCGCGCCGACGCCGACAAACUAUGGAGCGACAUCGAGGACAUGAUCAUCAAGACGCUAAUCGCCGUGCAGCCCGUUCUCAAACACAACUACCACACGUGCUUCCCCCACCACACCGCCGACAGCGCCUGCUUCGAGAUCCUCGGCUUCGACGUCCUGCUGGAUCAACGCAUGCGGCCCUGGCUUCUCGAGGUGAACCACUCGCCUAGUUUCACCACCGACUCGCCGUUAGACCGUGAGGUGAAGGACGCUCUGCUGCUGGACACGCUGCUGCUCAUCAACUUGAACGCCUGCAACAGAAGCAAGAUCACCAAAGAGGAGCGCAAGCGCUCCAAGGAACGUCUGCAAGAGAACCGGACCAAAGCGGCAAGGACCGAAGAGCUGCUCCAGCGCCAGGCCGCCUCGGUCCAGCAGAUAGAGACAUACGAGACCAAUCACAUGGGAGGCUUCCGGAGGAUCUUCCCCAGGGAGGGAGAAGAUAAGUACGACAAGUUCUUCACACAGGGAAGCUCGCUGGUGCAAGCCACGGAAGCUUCCAGAGCGCGACAAGAGUGUGCCAGGCAACUACUACAAGAACUGCACGACAGGCAGAGGACCGUGAACACCGUCCGGAAUCGGGACUCUCAGGGCGAAACGGCAGGAGAGCGCUCCAAAAAUCUCAGACCUCGACCGGCACCACACAGAACCCCCCCCGCCAACGGGACGUCUCCUCCUGCCGUCAAAACCUGCGAGGUAGAUGAGGAGAAUGAUGAAGAGGAGGAAGAAAAGCGGGUCAAAGCGUUGAUCCAGAGGAAGAAGCUGCUACUGGACCUGGGGCUGGUCCAGCACAUCCGCCAGCUGCUGCAGCCGGAGGGCCGAGACGCUGACUUCCCCCGCCAGCAGGGGGCGUCGGUCGCGAGGCAACCUUUAAUGGUGGACUCUUUGACGCCACUUUCCGAAAAGACCAAGGCGACUCCUUGCAUACUGCCAUCUAGGCAGACCUCACUGAGGACUUCAAGUACCAUCAGGAAUUUUCGAAACGCCUCACUCCAGACAGAAGCCUGCCACAAAGACAAAGGAUGGACCAGGACUACCGUGAAGGUUCCCGGGCCAGGCCCACGCUUGCCAAAUGUCCGGGUCCCGAACCCGCGGCCUCUCGUGAGGGGGGUCCCCAAAGGACGGAGCUUCUGCGCACAACGCGACCCCGCGGACCCGCGGGGCCUCCAGGUCACCUCCACGCGCCCCCCUUUACUCCAGAGACCUCGCCUCGCCCGAUGGCCCCCGCAUCACAGGGGAGGACCCUGAAAAAAAAAAGGAAUUUGGUAGGGGGGGUCAGCAGAGACCAAACACUGCAUGCCCAUAAUUUACAGCAAAACUGUGAACGUCAAAAUUCACUUCAACAAGAUUUUUGAUUGCUACUUUUUUGUGCCAAUUUUACCACAACCAGACCUCAGGGCAUAAACGUCUCACUGGGACUUACGGAAAUAAUAAAUUCCUAUUUGAUUAAAAUGAAUGCUGCGGUCGUUAUUGGGCCUUUCAUUAAAACGCAAAAGUGAAUUUUAUGGGACAUAGUCGUCAAUAUGAGGCUAUUUUUAAUUCAAGAAAUUGUCAUGUGAUAUUUAGAGCAAUGUAUCAUUCUGCAUUUUUUUGUACUGUGACCUUUUUUUUUAUUAAAUGAAAAUGCACGUGUUAGCAUUUUGUCAGAGGCCAUAAAACUUUACAACGUUUGUCAGUUGUUAUGUUUGCGCUCCGAAAACAAAAACACAACAAAUUGCCCGCAACACUUGUCAGCGUUUUGGUGGCUCAAAAAUGUAUU